CGUAAGCUCACGUGACCUCCUGGGCGCAGAUGUGGCCACCAGUCUGGGUCCAGCCUACCUUAGCUGCGAUCGGACCCUAAGCUGUUUACAGGCUCCUAAUUGUUGCUCCAGGUUCUUUCAGGUCUGCGUGUCUGUUCUCAGCACUCUGCUAAGCUAGAAAAGAAGGAACCUCUCCAAAAUUCCCGCAGACAGGAAAAGGAGGGGACGUCUCAACAUGGAAAAACUCUACAGUGAAAAUGAAGGAAUGCCAGAGAUCCAAGAAAACAUGGAAAACGAGCAGCCUCAGAAUGCAGGGAAGCCAGAAGUAAUGCAUGCUCUGGAAAACAAGGAAACGUUAGAAAAUGAGGGAAAGAUAGAAAACAAGGAAAAGACAGAAGAUGAGGAAAUACUAGAGGAUAAGGAAAAACCAGAGAAGGAGGGAAAGCCAGAAGAAGAGGGAAAGUCAGAGGGCCACGGGAAACCAGAGGUUGAGGGAAAAUCAAAAGAAGAAGGGAAACCUGAGAGUGAGGGAAAGCCCAAAGAAGAAGGGAAACCAGCCAUCGAACCAAGAGCUGCAGGAAAGCGCCCAGCUGGGGAUGAUGUACCCAGGAAAGCCAAAAGAAAAACCAACAAGGGUCUGGCUCAGUGCCUCAAGGAAUACAAAGAGGCCAUACACGAUAUGCAUUUGAGCAAUGAGGAGAUGAUAAGAGAAUUUGAUGAGAUGGCUAGGGUAGAGGAUGAGGUAAAGAAAACCAGACAGAAAUUGGGGGGGUUUAUGUGGAUGCAGAAAAGUUUACAGGACCCUUUCCACCCAAGGGGCCCAAGGGAACUAAGGGGUGGCUGUAGGGCCCCACAAAGGGGCUUUGAAGACAUUCCUUUUGUAUAGUGCCCAUAGUAGGCAUUUGCCAGGCACAGGGCUUUAACCAUAUGCUAAUAAUACUUUGCUUUAGUUGUCAUUCUCAUUAUCCAACUGCAGCCCUCUAUGUUUCAGUAGCAGAUUUUCAUCCAUUGCAUGGAAUAAUGUUUAUGGUGCAUUGUAAAAUUAAAAAGAAAACAGUUUGCAGAACCAUA